AUGAGGGUCAUCUCUAGUGCCAGCCUCGUGCUCUGCGGUCUGCUGCUGCUGCUCCUGGUCCCACGGACACUUGGCCUCGCCCCCCAGCCCAGAGGGCACCUCUGCCGAACCCGGCCCACGGACCUGGUGUUUGUUGUCGAUAGCUCACGUAGUGUACGGCCCGUGGAAUUUGAGAAGGUGAAGGUGUUCCUGUCCCAGGUCAUCGAGUCGCUAAAUGUGGGGCCCAAUGCCACCCGGGUGGGCGUGGUGAACUAUGCCAGCUCUGUGAAGCAGGAGUUCCCGCUGUGGGCCCACCUUUCCAAGGCUGCGCUGCUGCAGGCCGUGCGCCGCAUCCGGCCGCUGUCCACGGGCACCAUGACUGGCCUGGCCAUCCAGUUUGCCAUCACCAAGGCCUUCAGUGAUGGUGAGGGUGGUCGCGCCAAUUCUCCCGACAUCAGCAAGGUGGUCAUCGUGGUGACGGACGGGAGGCCCCAGGACAGUGUGCGGGACGUGUCUGCACGGGCCCGGGCCAGCGGCAUCGAGCUUUUCGCCAUUGGCGUGGGCCGCGUGGACAAGGCCACGUUGCGCCAGAUCGCCAGCGAGCCGCAGGAGGAGCACGUGGACUACGUGGAGAGCUACAGCGUCAUCCAGAAACUGUCCAAGAAGUUCCAGGAGGCCUUUUGCUUGGUGUCAGACCUGUGUGCCACAGGAGACCAUGACUGUGAGCAGGUGUGCAUCAGCUCCCCGGGCUCCUACACCUGCGCCUGUCGCGAGGGCUUCACCUUGAACAGUGAUGGCAAGACCUGCAAUGUCUGCAGUGGUGGUGGUGGCAGUUUGGCCACUGACCUGGUCUUCCUCAUUGAUGGAUCCAAGAGUGUGCGGCCGGAGAAUUUUGAGCUGGUGAAGAAGUUCAUCAACCAGAUCGUGGACACGCUGGACGUGUCAGACAAGCUGGCCCAGGUGGGGCUGGUACAGUACUCAAGCUCUGUGCGCCAGGAGUUCCCGCUGGGCCGCUUCCAUACCAAGAAGGACAUCAAGGCAGCGGUGCGAAACAUGUCCUACAUGGAGAAGGGCACCAUGACUGGGGCUGCCCUCAAGUACCUCAUUGACAAUUCCUUCACCGUGUCCAGCGGGGCUAGGCCUGGUGCCCAGAAGGUGGGCAUCGUUUUCACCGAUGGCCGGAGCCAGGACUACAUCAAUGAUGCUGCCAAGAAGGCCAAGGACCUUGGCUUUAAGAUGUUUGCGGUGGGUGUGGGCAAUGCCGUGGAGGACGAGCUGAGGGAGAUUGCCUCAGAGCCCGUGGCAGAGCACUACUUCUACACGGCUGACUUUAAGACCAUUAACCAGAUUGGCAUGAAGUUGCAGAAGAAGAUCUGCGUGGAGGAAGAUCCAUGUGACUGUGAGUCCAUUGUGAAAUUCCAGGCCAAAGUGGAGGGGCUGCUGCAGGCCUUGACCAAGAAACUGGAAGCUGUGAGCAAGCGGCUGGCCAUCAUGGAGAACAGGAUCGUCUAA